AACACUUACGGGGGUUUGUUUAUUGUUUGGGUUCACAAUUGAAAUCCUCAUUUAGGUUUUCUUUCAAAACCCGAUUUCCAUCACUCUUGUAUGCUUCCCAUUUCCUUAUUUGAGGCGCUUCAGUGGUUUGUUGUGGACGUUAUUCAGGCGAUUCAGUGGUUUGUUGUGGAGGAUUCGGUUGGUGUAUCGAUUUGUGUCGCGUCUGUCGUCUUCAGGUUUGAGGAAUCAUCAUGGCUACAAAUUUUCAAUACGACAAAACUUCAGCUACAACUUUUCUUGAGCAACUAGAGUUGCAUCAAGAAAUCAUACCACUUUUGAUCGAAGUAUGUUCAAGUCAUCCAUCUCUCCUUGAUAACCGCCAGGGAAAAAGUAGAGAUUUUGUGCAAGGUUCUCUCAACGCACUGGGUAAAGUUCUCCUAUUUUUGAAAACCAAUAAAGUCAGAGAUAUGAAUGAUGAUAACUGUCAUCAUCUACAAGUAGCAUGGAGAGAACUUCAAUAUUUUAAUUUUAACCUUGAGUGGCUCAAGCCAUAUGUUGAUUCUGCUGUGGAGAUGAGAAAUCACGUUAAGAAGUUUCGCAAGGUAAAAGAAAUGGAAGCAAAUAUCAACAUACUGGAGUACCGAAAGAAUGAUUUAGAGUACCGAAAGAAUGAUUUAGAGUACCGAAAGAAUGAUUUAGAGUACCGAAAGAAUGAUUUAGAGUACCGAAAGAAUGAUUUAGAGAAGCAACAAGAUAUAUUGAGGAAUAGGAUUUCUGACAUGAGUCUAAACAUUGAAAUAAUGAAAAAAGAGAUGGAGACAAGAAAAGAAGGGUAUGUCGAAUUGGAUAUGAGCGCAGAACUUGAAUAUCCAAAAUAAAUUUUUCUAGCCUUUGUUAUUGUCAGUAUUUUUAGUGGGUUUAGCAUAAUCAUGAGCUACUCAUUUCGUUUUGAAUUCAUUUUACAGAUAUUAAAGUUCACUGGUACGGUUAAUGAAUUCAUUUAUGGAAAUUUUUGUUUAAAUGGAUGAUUUCACCAGCAAUUUACUAUCA